UGUAUGCGUUUCGCUUCUGUCCAUGGUUGUAAUAAAAGGCAUACGCCCAGCAGAGCUGCUUGCCUGUCUCCUACGUUAAUAUAACCUUAACAGUGCUUAAUUUAGAUCUCCUUCUCUUUCAGCACAAUUUGCACAGUUAUAGGUAGCUAUGUCUCGGGUAUUCCAACCCGUGGGUCAAAAGCGCCUGACCAACAUCGCCGUGGUACGACUAAAAAAGAACGGCGAACGAUUUGAAAUUGCUUGCUAUAAGAACAAAGUUGGUGACUGGCGCAGCGGCAUCGAAAAGGACCUUGAUGAAGUGCUUCAGACCACCACCAUCUUCCACAAUGUGGGUAAGGGGGUGGUGGCCAAGGACAAGGAGCUGAUGGCGGCUUUCGGAACCAGCGACCAGAAGGCCAUUUGCUUGGAGAUUCUCGCCAAAGGGGAGCUGCAGGUGUCUGAUAAGGAGCGCAAGUUGGAGUACGAACACUUGUUCAAGGAUGUGGCCGGGGUGUUAGUGGAGAAGUGUAUCAACCCCGCCACCAACCGGCCGUACACGCUAUCCAUGUUGGAGCGGGCGCUGCGGGACAUCCACUUCAACGUGGACCCCAAGAAGUCAGCAAAGCAGCAGGCGCUGGAGGCGCUUCCCCUGUUGCAAAAGGAGUUCCCAAUAGAACGAGCCCGGAUGCGGCUCAAGCUAUCAGUACCCGUGGGAUCCCAACAGGAGCUGGAGCAGCUGCUGCAGAGGGAGGCAGCGGAGGUGCAGUCGCUUGACGUUGGCGGCGGGGCCGCUGGGGGGGUCUGCACGGCCGUGGCGCUGGUAGAACCGGGCUCCUUCCGCAACCUGCAUAACUUUAUUCAGCAGCAGUCGGCGGCCUCUUCGCGGGGGGGUGUGGGUGGCCGGCUGGAGGUGCUGAGCUUGGCGGUGAUGGCGGAGGGAGCCACGGUGGAGGAGUUCGCCAACUGGAUUGGCGCGGCGGCGGCGGCGGCGGUGGGGCGGCCGGUGAUGGCGGCGCCGCUGGGGCCGGAGGCGGCGGAGGCGGAGGGGGCCAGUACGACUGGUACGCACGGUUAA